CAGAGGGUUUAAAGAAAGAAUGGUAGACGAGAAACAAGUCGGACUACUGACAUAGAGAAAGAAAGAAAAAGAGGCGAUGGCGAGGGACAGCUGCCUUGCUCGGGUCACAACAGGCGUUGCAGUCGGCGGUGCUGUUGGUGGCGCUGUCGGUGCUGUUUAUGGGACUUAUGAGGCUAUAAGGUAUAAGGUCCCUGGACUUCUGAAAAUUAGGUACAUUGGGCAGACAACACUUGGCAGUGCAGCCAUUUUUGGUCUUUUCUUGGGAGCUGGGAGUUUGAUACAUUGCGGGAAGUCUUAUUGAGAUCCUUUUGUGCCAAGAAGAUUGUCCGUCUUUGUGGAGAAAUUGCCUUUUCACAAAGAUCUGUAGCAUAGGCCCUUUAUUGGAGCAUGGUUUUUUGUCGUUUAAUAUAAUCUUUUAUUUAUGAUGAAAUUUACCUCUCUUCAAUUUUCUCAGAAUCCUGAAGUAGUUUGUAUUUGGUUGGAUUCUUACCUGGCAUGUGUGUGGCUUCUUUGAAUGUUUGUGAAUUCAGUACUUUCAACUAGUUUGCUUUUUGAGCUCA